AUGAAGCGCUCUGUGAGUCCUCAAACCAUAACUGAGCCUGAAGGAGGCCCUGUCCCAAAAAAACGGAAGUUUUUGGGCCUCAUUUCAUCGCUAGCAAGUCGUUUAUUUUCAAAGCAAGAAGCUCCUAGUCAAAAGGCACCUGGUUUCUUCGCUAACGACGGGCCUGCGCCAGAUGAUCUUCCAAAUGAGUUCGUUUCUCAAAAACGAAGACUGUCGAUUCUUGGUUCGCUCAAAAACGUCAACGAUGCCGUUCCCCGAAUGUCGACUUCAAUCCCACAUUACAAAGGGUACCAGGAGAUUGCACAGUCUCUCCAGCGACAAAAGGACGAAUUCAAUGGUGCCACCGAACACGAAAGAAGACAGUCUCUUUUCCCACCGGCAGUUCCAGACUAUGCCCUGAAUGAUCAAGAGGAAUCCACCUUUCUCAAGGAUCUUUCUCCAAACUUGAACAAUGUACCUCGCCAAAGCAUACUACCGACAAUGGACCGUGAUUUGGAGUACAACAACUCCGAUGAUUAUGGCGAAGAGCCACAGAACCAGUUGGUUGCACAGGAGUUUGCGCCAUUGUAUGAAGAUGACGAGGGAAAUUUGGUGAGACCACCGGUGAUCAACCUAGAUCCAAGCGAGAGGUACCAUCUAUUACAGCUCAAACGCUCUGUUGAAAUGUCUGAAUACCUCCAGAGCAGACUCAAGUACAUGGUUGAUCCUGAUGAAACCACCAGUGUGCCUAUCGGUGAAACCAAGGUCAAUUCCACUACACAAACUCAUGGAGUGGAUGAGUUUGAUCGCAAGUUGAACUUUGACAAAUUGCGUUCCAAAUUGACUCUUCAGAGAAGACAGCGUCAGCAGAAGAACGGGAAGGGCUUUUUCUCAGGUGAGUUCUUCUAUGAGCCAGCGCCUCCUAAAAAAGCUGACCCUGUUUCCAAUGGUGUGAAGCUUGAUGGCUAUCUUGGUCAGGUGAACAAACCGAAGUUCCCAGAACAGAAAACCGAAAAGCCUGUCAAAUCAUUCCCAGACCAAGACUCUAACCCUCCGGUCAGUUUGCAAAAGAAUCGUCGUACCGACCUAGGUGCUGUUCUCGGGAAGAAAGACGAACCACAAUUGGACAAGGACUACCUAGAAAAAACAGAGUCUCUCAUCAAGAUGAAGGAACCAAGUGCCCCUCAAGCUACUAAUAAUUCUGUUGGUCCCAGCAGCGGCUUCAACUUCGAGAUCAACAAGAACAGCCUUGGAAAUAUCCUUCAGACUCGUAAAGACGAUGACGAGCGUGUGGAGAAAGCCAGCGCUGCUUCUGACACAAAGUCUGCUGAGGACGAGGGUAAAAGAGCAUUAUUUGGUUUCUCCUCCACUUCGAGUAAGGACCAGCCAAAGAAGAGAUCCAGAGAUGAUGAGGAGGAUUCCAAGCCUUCAUUCCUGUUUGGAAACCAAACAUCAUCUGAAAAGGAUAAGAAACCACUUUUCGAGUCCAGCAAACCCUUAUCUGAAGAGAAGAAGGAGCUUCCAAAACCUGCAUUUUCAUUCGGCACGUCCGAAAAGCCCUCCGAUAAGAAGGACAGCUCUACUGGUUUUUCUUUCGGCACUUCCGAAAAGCCUUCCGAAAAGAAGGACAGCUCUUCUGGUUUUUCAUUUGGCAAACCCAGUUCGACGCCGCUUUUCGGUGGUUCAUCCACCAAAGAAGGGGAAACAGCAGACGAGAAAGAGAAAAAGACCAGCGAAGCUCCUAAAUUCUCUUUUGGCUCAUCGAAACUCCCAGAAGCUGCUCCAAAAUUUUCAUUCGGCUCUUCUACAAAUGACAAACCCUCUCCAGGUAUUCCAUUCGGUGGCUCGGCUACAGUCAAGGUUUCUGACGGUAAUAAAGAUACACCUAAGUUCCUGUUUGGUCUGAAACCAGAAAAAGAGGAUGAUGAGGCCGAGGAGGGGCCCAGAAAGAAGAGGGCUGCUCCUUUCUCAUUUGAUUCAAGCAAGAGUGAGGAAAAGUCCGAGCCCAAGAAGGAUGAAAAGCCCCUCUUUAGUUUCGACAAGCCCAAGGAUAGUGCACCUCCUCUCCUCAAUUUUGGAGAAAGCUCCAAGAAGGAAGCAACUCCCCAGUUCAGCUUUGGUUCUCUGUCAGAGAAGAAGGAAAGUACCCCUCUGUUCAACUUUGGUGGGAGCGAAAAGAAGACAGAUACUCCUCUCUUUGGCUCAGGCUCAUCAACAGAGAAGAAAGACAGUACGCCGUCAUUCAACUUUGGAGCAUCUACUGAGAAGAAAGAUGACUCGGCUCCCAAAUUGGCUGCUCCAAGCUCAGGAUCCACUCCCGCAUUUAAUUUUGGUGGAUCCAGUGAGCUGAAGGACACUACGAAAGACGCUGAAAAGGAAGAGACGCCAAAGUUCUCGUUUGGAAGCUCUUCAACCAAGGACUCCACGCCCACCUUCUCCUUCGGAGCGAAGAAGGAUGAAGAAGGUGAAAAGAAGGCGGAUGCUCCAACACUUGGUAGCACGGCACCCAAAUUUUCCUUUGAGAAGCCCAAAUCUGAGGAGCCACAAGAUUCUACCGAGGCCCCAAAGUUUUCGUUUGGUGCAGCGAAAUCAGUGUCUCCAUCCUUCACAUUCGGCGGUUCAAAGCCCGCAGACACAUCUUUUGGCUCGAAGACCAACGAAGUCAAGGAAACCACUCCAGUGUUCUCAGUCUCGUCAAAGGAGACCACGCCAAAACCCUUCCUGUUUGGCGAGCCAACAGCCAAGCCUGCCUUCAACUUUGGCAGCGCCCAAACCCCAGCAUUUGGUGCGGACUCCAAGAGCACUUCUACAUUUUCCUUUGGCAAGCCAGAGACUCCUCUGAUCGGAGCUCAGGCUGGAACUGCUGCAGCACCCAAGCCAGCAUUCACCUUUGGUCAGGCUGCCACUGCUGACCCUGCUCUGAUCUUUGGAGCCAGCGGAGGCAAUACACAAAGUUCUCAAGCUACGCCAGCCUUUGGUGGCCCUUCUUCAGGUCCCUCGAGUACGGCUUCGCCAUUCAAUUUUGGUGCUACACAGGCGCCUGCGUUUGGGGGUCCUUCCGGUGCAUUUGGGGGUCCAAACCCCACUCCAGGUUUUAACUUUGGCGCAAACACUAAUCUUGCCGCUCCCCAGCCUACACAGAGCCCAUUCGGUGGACAAGCCAACACAUCAAGUGUUUUUGGUUCUCGUGGAUCUACGCCUGGAGCCCCAGGAAACAACACCUUUGGCCAACCUGGAGCUGGAAUUACGAACCCUGCAUCCGUCUUUGGCGCCAACCCUACACAGUCUUCAGGCGGAUUCGGUAUGGGUAGCAACGCUCCACCAAACCAAUUCAACAGUGCUCCAGGAAGUCUCGGAGCAGGCAGUCGAGAGAACACACCUCCUGUUUUCGGAGCUGGUGCUCCCGGUGCUCCAGGCGCUCCCGGUGCUCCCGGUGCUCCUGGUGCAUUUGGAGCUGGCCAGCUGUUUACACCUCCGCUUGCUAUGAAGGGCCGCCAAAUUGCUCGAAUGAGACCUCGCAGGAGAUAG